CAGACCCUAUGUCUCGACAGACACAAGCAAUUCCGUGAGUGAAGAGCGGUCCCGAAUAGACAAUGCUAUUAUGUAGUGGUCAAGUUAAGUGCCUGCUUCACAUGAAGUACCUUUCUUCACAUUCUGAAUCCUUUCGUAAUCCUGCUCACUCCUGCCCCAUAUCAAAACGACCGUUAUCUGGCAGCGCUUAUCAUACAGACAGCCUUUGAACACCUUACAGUCUCGCAACAAUGAGCAAAGCACAAGCAUUUGAAGAAAUGGAGCCCAGAAUGAAGCAAUCACAGCCUUCCGCACCACCGCCAGAGUACACGCGACAGGACCCAACACCCUCAACCCUAUCGGAGCUCCUAGGCCCACUUGCAGACUCAACAAUCCCAAAUCACCAGCCCAAUGCGCAAUCACAAGCCCAGCCAGGCAUAUCAGAAAGAGAAUACUACUCAAAAUCAUCCACAACCACAACAACCGCCAUCCCAGACUACGCACGCCCACCCUCACCAGCCCCAAGCACGCAAACAACCGCCUCCACCAUCCUUCCAACCUACGCCCAAACAGGCAGCUACAAAGGCUUCCCCAGUGAAGCAGCAUACAUGGCCGCCCUGACUGAAUGGGCUGAGACCAAGAAAUACAUUCAGCCCAGCGAGGAAGGGCAGACUUUGACUGGCUUCUUUGGCUGCAAGACGAUGGAUGAGUAUCACGACGGAGUAAAGACACAGAAAGGUGAGGGGCAGACUGCUGCGAGGAAGCAAAGUCAGGGACAGGCUGAACGUCAGGGGUUUAUGGGCUUUUUGAGGAAAAUGGCGAAGAAACAUGAGGGGGGAGGUCAUGGUGGGGAGUGAGGUGGAUGAUUACCUACUGAUGAAGUCGAGAACCGGCGGUUACAGACGACCUCAUUAUGAUUAUUGGGAGAAUUUCCAAAUGUGUUUUCACCCAAACACAAGCAUCAUUCGAAAUAGUGCAUAGGGUGUGUAGCGCUAGCUUAGGGGUAGUUGCAUUGGUGUCUCCGGAAAUGUUGCUCCGUGAUUGUUGUCUGAUUCUGAGACUGGACCUCUUCCACCGACAAACUGUUCCGCAAGAUGAUCCAAAAACGUUCUGAAUUGAGUGACACAUUGAAUAUAUUGACAAUCCAAGAACUGAGAAAAG